AUGAGGAAGUUUUUUGCAGUUAGCCCAACAGCGAGCGGCCUUUCUGAGAGCAGGGACUUCUCGUUUGAGUGCGAGAAGGCUGCAGAGGGGAUAUUCUCGUACGAGAGCACGCAAAAAAUAUCCAGCACCCAGGAGUAUGCGCGCGCGCAGAUACUUCCCAUGUCUUUGUGGUCCAUAAUAGCGGUAGACCAUCUGGAAAUAGAUGCAGAGUCAAAGGUCCUGGACACGUGCUGCGCCCCUGGGAUGAAGCUUGUAUACGCAGGACUCCGCAUGAAGGGCGUAAAUUCGGGGAAAUCCAUCACGGGGGUGGACAUAUCCAGGGAGAGGCUGAAUAUUGCUGCAUCCCUGGUGAAGAAGUACAGAGUCCCUGGGGUCAGGCUCAUCCAAGGAGACUCUACGUCCCUGGAGAGUUCGCCCGUGAGAGAGGCCACUCUUUUGGAGGCGCAGACAGUGCCCAGCAGCGCGUGCAGAUGCCGCAUGGCGCAAGAAGGCACUUCCCAGAGUGUCCAGAGAGUGCACUACACAAGCACUGGGCUCAGGAAGUUCGGGCACGUCCACGAGGAAAGGUAUAACCGAAUCCUUGUGGACCCAGAGUGCACGCAAACAAGCACGGUGAAGUACGCAGAAGGGGCAAGGCCUCGGGAAGGCAAGGACUACGCCUCCGAGCAAAAGCAGAUCCUCAGAAGAAGCAUCCGCAUGCUGGAAGAGGGCGGAAUAAUUGUGUACUCGACGUGCACUUUUGAGCCCAGCGAGAACGAGGCAGUCAUUUCUGCUGUCCUGCAGGAGAGCCCGCACAUGGAAAGGGUUGAAAUAGAAGAGGAAACUCUGAGAAGGUACGGAGUCAGCACGCAAAACAGAAGAAGCACAGACACGUACAAGCUUGAGCUUGGUGAUAGUUUAUUUAUAGCAAAAUUAAAAUACAGCAAGCAAUCAUAA